CAACUGGAGUCGGACCUCCUGGGAGAGCCCGGAGUCUGGAGGUGUGUCUGGUUGGUGCACAGGACCUCGGGGUGGGCUCAGGCACCCGACUUGAGUGGCUGAUGCCUGGCUGGGGGUGAGCUCGCAUGCCCAACUGGCUGCUCCAAGCAGUUGGCCCUGGGAGGCGGAGGCUGUUCGGGGACAGCCGUAGCGGGGACCCAGCGUCAGCUCCUGCGGGGGCGCGAGUCCCCUUCACCGCCCAGCAGAACGGUGCGUGGGACGCGCAUCUUCAGGGACUGUCCCUUCCCAGCCGCGUCUGUGCGGACCCCAAGUGCGGCAGCUGCCCGGGACGAUCGGCGGGGAGCCUGGUCCUGGGCUCCCGCACAACGCCCGUGGGAAAGAGAACUUUCUCCCGAGGCUUUGGAGGGUCAGGGUUGGGCUUGAGUUCUCCUACCCCCGGGCUCACCUCCCCCUCCAGGGCCGCCCCUCCCCCGCUCCCCGGGGCGCAGCUCUCCGAGCAUCCUCACUCCGCCCAGUUCUGUGCCAGUUGCUUGGACUCCAGCUUCGUGCGUUUUCCUUGGAAUGCUCCAAAACUCCGCAGCGACUAAAAGAACCCCGCUGGAAUUGCGGGCCGAGCGCUGGAGCCGUUGAACAGCCUCUCGCGGGUCCUAGGAUCUUCCAGCUGAAGAUUGCAACUUUGCAGAAUUCAGGAAGUAGCAUGGCAUGAAACAUGGCUCAGUUCUAUUACAAAAGAAGCAUUAAUGCCCCCUACAGAGACCGCAUCCCUCUGAGAAUAGUCCGAGCAGAAUCAGAACUCUCGCCAUCAGAAAAAGCCUACUUGAAUGCUGUGGAGAAGGGUGACUAUGCAAGUGUCAAGAAAUCUCUCGAGGAAGCUGAAAUUUAUUUUAAAAUAAAUAUAAAUUGCAUCGAUCCUCUUGGGAGAACUGCGCUUCUCAUUGCUAUUGAAAAUGAGAACUUGGAGCUUAUUGAACUACUCUUAAGCUUUAACGUGUAUGUUGGAGACGCUCUAUUGCACGCGAUCAGGAAAGAAGUCGUCGGUGCAGUGGAACUGCUGUUGAACCAUAAGAAACCAAGUGGAGAAAAACAGGUGCCUCCCAUACUUCUUGAUAAGCAAUUCUCUGAAUUCACUCCGGACAUUACACCAAUCAUUUUGGCAGCCCAUACAAAUAAUUAUGAGAUAAUAAAACUUUUAGUCCAGAAAGGAGUUUCUGUACCCCGACCCCAUGAAGUCCGCUGUAACUGUGUUGAAUGUGUCUCCAGUUCUGAUGUGGACAGUCUUCGUCACUCACGCUCCCGACUGAAUAUCUACAAGGCCUUGGCCAGUCCGUCUCUCAUAGCACUGUCAAGCGAAGAUCCUUUUCUUACAGCCUUUCAGUUGAGUUGGGAGCUUCAAGAACUUAGUAAAGUGGAAAAUGAAUUCAAGUCAGAAUAUGAGGAGCUGUCACGGCAGUGCAAACAGUUUGCUAAGGACCUACUGGAUCAGACAAGAAGUUCCAGAGAACUGGAAAUCAUUCUUAAUUACCGAGAUGACAAUAGUCUCAUAGAAGAGCAAAGUGGAAAUGAUCUUGCAAGACUGAAACUGGCAAUCAAGUACCGUCAAAAAGAGUUUGUUGCCCAGCCCAAUUGUCAACAGCUGCUGGCCUCUCGCUGGUACGAUGAAUUCCCAGGCUGGAGAAGACGCCACUGGGCGGUGAAGAUGGUGACGUGUUUCAUAAUAGGACUGCUCUUCCCUGUCUUCUCUGUGUGCUACCUGAUAGCUCCUAAAAGCCCGCUGGGACUGUUCAUCAGAAAGCCAUUUAUCAAGUUCAUCUGCCACACAGCCUCCUAUUUGACUUUUUUGUUCCUGCUGCUGCUUGCCUCUCAGCACAUCGACAGGUCAGACUUAAACAGGCAAGGCCCACCACCAACCAUCGUCGAGUGGAUGAUAUUACCGUGGGUCCUGGGUUUUAUAUGGGGAGAAAUUAAACAAAUGUGGGAUGGAGGACUUCAAGAUUAUAUCCAUGAUUGGUGGAAUCUAAUGGAUUUUGUGAUGAACUCCUUAUAUUUAGCAACGAUCUCCUUGAAAAUUGUCGCAUUUGUCAAGUACAGUGCUCUUAAUCCACGAGAAACAUGGGACAUGUGGCACCCCACUCUGGUAGCAGAGGCAUUAUUUGCUAUUGCAAACAUCUUCAGUUCGCUGCGUCUGAUCUCAUUGUUCACUGCAAAUUCUCACCUGGGACCUCUACAGAUCUCCCUGGGAAGAAUGCUCCUGGACAUUUUGAAGUUUCUCUUCAUAUACUGUCUCGUGUUGCUUGCAUUUGCGAAUGGCCUAAACCAAUUAUACUUCUAUUAUGAAGAAACAAAAGGGCUAAGCUGCAAAGGCAUACGCUGUGAAAAGCAAAAUAAUGCAUUUUCAACGUUGUUUGAAACACUCCAAUCUCUAUUUUGGUCCAUUUUUGGCCUCAUCAAUUUAUAUGUGACCAAUGUCAAAGCACCACAUGAGUUCACUGAGUUUGUUGGUGCCACCAUGUUUGGGACAUAUAAUGUCAUCUCUCUGGUUGUUCUGCUCAACAUGUUAAUAGCUAUGAUGAAUAAUUCUUACCAACUUAUCGCUGACCAUGCAGAUAUAGAAUGGAAAUUUGCACGAACGAAGCUUUGGAUGAGUUACUUUGAAGAAGGAGGGACUCUGCCUACUCCCUUCAAUGUCAUCCCAAGCCCCAAGUCUCUCUGGUACCUGAUUAAGUGGCUAUGGACACACCUUUGCAAGAAAAAGAUGAGAAGAAAGCCAGAAAGUUUUGGAACAAUAGGGGUAAGAACACAGCAUAGGCGAGCAGCUGAUAAUUUGAGAAGACAUCACCAAUAUCAAGAAGUAAUGAGGAACCUGGUGAAACGAUACGUUGCUGCAAUGAUCAGAGAUGCUAAAACUGAAGAAGGCCUGACUGAAGAGAACUUUAAGGAACUAAAGCAAGACAUAUCUAGCUUCCGCUUCGAAGUUCUGGGCUUACUAAGAGGAAGCAAACUGCCUACAGUGCAGUCCGCGAAGGAGUCUUCUAAUUCAGCCGACUCCGAUGAAAAGAGUGAUAACGAAGGUAGUAGUACGGCCAAGAAAAAGAACUUCAGCCUUUUUGAUUUAACCACGCUGAUUCACCCGCGAUCUGCAGCGAUCGCCUCGGAAAGACUUAACAUAAGCAAUGGCUCCGCCCUGGUGGUGCAGGAGCCCACUCGAGAGAAGCAGAGAAAAAUGAAUUUUGUAACCGAUAUCAAAAACUUCGGGUUAUUUCAUAGACGAUCGAAACAAACCGCUGCCGAGCAAAAUGCAAACCAAAUCUUCUCUGUUUCAGAAGAGGUUUCUCGUCAACGGGCUGAAGGACCACUGGAGAGAAAUAUCCCACUGGAAUCUGGAGGAUUAGCUUCACGGGGUGACUUGAGCAUCCCGGGGCUCAGUGAACAAUGUGUCUUAGUAGACCACCGAGAAAGGAAUACGGACACCCUGGGAUUGCAGGUAGGCAAGAGAAUGUGUGCGUUCUCAUCAGAGAAGGUGGUGGUGGAGGACACGGUUCCUAUCAUACCAAAGGAGAAGCAUGCAAAGGACGAGGACUCUAGUAUAGACUAUGACACAGUCACCCAAGAAGAUUAUGUGACCACGAGAUUGUGAUACUUGAAGGAGGAAGCAUUUUAUCGCACAUAUACAUAAUUUCCAUAGCUCUCUGGGUAGGGGGAGCUCUUUAAAAGUUCAUUAGCGAUGCAAAAUGCCACUUUAUAGCAGUCAUCAACUGUGAUAUAUUAACUUGUAACUGUCUAAAAGGCGAAGGCUACCAUCAGCCCAUGUUCUGUAGCCGCUUUUCCUGUCACGAUGUGUUUUACAGAGUUUUUUCUUUUCUUUUUGUUUUUGUUAACAAAUAAAUGCACCUUGUAUUCUUGUACUGUUGCAAUAAUCCACAGGAAGUUUUUAGCUAUCUUUUUCAAUUAAAACAAAUGUUAUUUAUUUCAUCUGGAAGUUGGCUCCAAUUAUAGAUAUUUUUAUAUGCAAAAAAUGUAGUCAAAAUAUUAGAGCUUUUCUUGAUUUACAGGGA